UUAGUUGCAGAGAUUCUGCCGAACACACAGGCUCUGUGCAGUGCAGGGAAACUAAUAGUAAUAAUUAAAAUCAUUACACAAGCCGUAGCUGUCGAAUAAAUUAUUAUAAUUGACAGAGCGAGCGAUAAAUUAAGCAGCAAAAAAUGCCGAACAUUGUCGCAUUAAAGCUGAGCGCCAGCUAUCCGCUGAUGGCGGGCCACAAGGACGAGAGCAAUAUCCUUGCGCUGGACCAAUUGGCUCUGCAGCAGCAAAUCAGUGCGAACUUCAUUUUGCAUGCGAUCUCGAACUACAAGAAAACGCCAUCCGAGCGAAAAACGCUGGACUUCAUUGCCAAAAAAUGGCUGCACAUCCAGAUGCUGUGGCGCGAGUUUCGGCUGAGGGAUAAGCAAAUACGGCGGCGUGGCCACAAGGAUGCGCGCGUUCUGGAGCACGGCUACUUCCAGCAGGAGCUCUUCGAGCUGGUCCACGAAAAGUAUAUGAUUGUCCGUGGAUUCCUGAGUCGUGACAAAAGAAAUCUGCUCGCUGGUCAGCCAGCCACACGGCCAUAAUGUUUAUUCAGACGACAGUCGACGGCGACAAGGCGGCGCAAGACCGCUUCAUACAAAAGCGAAAAGGAGCCGGCAGGAAAAGGAUGAGCCAAAAUGGAUACGGCGACACGUGAAAACUUAUUCCCCUGAAAAAGCACCAUUCAAGUGGGUGUGUGUGGCCUGCACUGAGUCAACAGUUCGAUUCCUGCACUGAGAUGAUAUCCGUCAACAGCGAUUCCAUUUCCAUUCCCCAAUGCCAAUUCGAAUCCGAAUCCGAGUCCGUAUCCCAAUACCAAUCCCAAUCCAAUGGGCAAUCAAUCUGACUGGACUCUGGACGCCAUCUACGCCCAAUCCCAAUGAUUGAUUGCACUCGGCCAUGAUUACCACAAUUAUUAUGAUUUGCCAAAAGGUUAUACAAGUCACGCUGAUGACGCCGAUUGGGGCCAAAGGCACUUUAACCGCUUGAAAGCACCUUGAAAUUUAAAUAAAGUAUCGAACUUAUACCACUUA